AUGCUGGACCCUAGAGAGCUAAUUGCCAAAGCUGAGAAGCUUGAAAAGCCCCAAUCGGGGCUCAUGUCGUUUUUUUCUGGCGGCAACACAUUACGCAUGGAAGAAGCCUGCGAUUUCCGUGUCCAGGCGGCAAACAGCUACAGAUUGAAGAAGGACUUUGCUAGCGCAGGGCUGCAGUUUGUCAAGGCGGCAGAGAUUCAAAAAAAACUUGAUAACUUGAACGACGUGUCCAACCACCUUGUGGAGGCUUACAAGUGUUUCAAGCAGGUGUCGCCAAAGGACGCCAUUGACGCCUUGAAGCAGGCAAUCCAUAUCUUUUUGACUCAAAAUGGCCAGUUCAGAAGGGCUGCAAACUUUCAGAUGGACUUGGGCGAGCUAUAUGAGUCUCUUGACGAUGUUGAAAAUGCUGUUAAGAGUUAUGAGGAGGCUGGCGACUAUUUUCUGACCGAUGGUGCUCCCUCACUUUCGAGUAAGGCGUACUUGAAGUGUGCUGAGUUGUACGCCUUGCUGGGCAACUACAUGAAAGCCAGAGAGCAUUACGACACGUUGAUAAAAAAUGCUUUGGGUAACGAUUUGCUGAAAUGGAAAGUCAAGGAGUAUUUUUUGAUGAACAUUUUGUGUUCCUUGUGUAAUGACGAUUCCGUGGAUGCUCAGAACAAGUUGGAGACAUACUGUGAGGAGGAUCCCAACUUCAAGAGCACCAGAGAGUAUAAAUUGAUCCAGGAUAUUCUUGAAACGAUCGAAAAAGGCGACGCUGAGGCUUUCUCUCAGGUUGUGUACGAUUACGAUCAGUUCUCGACCUUAAACAAAUUGAAGACACAAAUGUUGUUGAAGAUUAAGAACACGGUUGUCGAGCCCGACGACGAGGACUUGACCUAG